AUGUUCGACUUCCUCGACACCCUCGAUCGUGGUCUGCCCUCGGAGCGACGUGGCUACCCAACGAGACCCGUGUCCCUCCCCACGUCACGGACCAACAGUACCACCUCGAUCAGCUCGCUGAGAUCCGAGCCGGCGAAGGCCAAAUCUUCCGGUGGCGGCUUCGGGCAUUUCUUCAAGAGCAAGAAGGACAAGAAAGACGGCGGCGACAAGGUGGUGGUCCUCACCUCCCAACACGCCGCCGCGGUGCGGGCCAAGCUGGCCCGAGACCCCAAGUUCGACAAGUACCGAAAGUCGGACAAGAACCACAAAGUCGCCGGCCCGAGGGUGGUCGGGUCGCAGAACUCCCUCCACCUGACCGCCGAGCAGCAGGAGCUGAGGCACCCGCACUCCGGCCCGCCCGCGCUGUCUCCGCCGGGCGACAAGUGCGACCUGCCCGUCCUCGCCCGCGUCAUCAGCGGCGACGAAGUCGACGAGCCGGACCAGUGGGAACGCAUGCGCGACGAGUGGAAGCAGAGCAAGAUCCCCGACGUGCACAUGCUGCAGGUCAUCGAGGGUCAAGGCCUGGAGAGCGGCUCGUCGUCCGGGACCACCACGCCGCGGGAAGUGUAUGCGGCCGAGGUGUGUCUCCGAGAUGACCACUUCAAGUUGCUGGACGCGAUGAAGUCGGCGACGGAGAGACCGAGGCCGCAGCGGCGAAUCACGCCCAUCGGCAGCAGAUACACCAAGGACGAACGAGGCGUGUGGAAGAAGUGA